AUGGCGGAUGAGGUUGAAAGUCCUCCACCGGUAAAGUACCCACCUCUUGAAGUGGGGAAAACCUAUGAAGGAAAAAUCAUCUGGAACGCUGCUGACUUCGCCAGACAUGUCGAUAAAAAAGAUAGAGCUCCUCAUCCUCUUUGCCGAGUACGAUUCAGAUUCAACACCCCACAAGGACCGUCGGUUCAGUUUGUGAAUGUGUUGCAGUAUGAAAACAACAUGUUCUCCGAUCCUCCUCUUCCAACAACACCUGAAUAUUACUGCUUCUUCCCUCAUGGUGGCUAUUCCAACAAAGUCCUCGAGAAGAUAGCAAAUGAAAAGAAGAAAAAGACGUUCAAAGUCAAGAUUUUGCAGCGGGAACAUCUCUAUGGCUGUGACAAGUCUACUCGACACUGGCGGGGACAUUCGGAAGAGGUUGGUAGAAAACGAAAAGGCUAA